UUGUAUGUGUUGCAAGUGCAUUGGUGAUUCCGGAGCGUCUGGGGAUUCGCCUCUGUAUGGUGCAAUGUCUGAGAUACAACCGCUGUUUCGGUGUCAAGAUGAGCGUAGCUACGAUGACGUGUACGCUGCUCGACAACAGACAUACCGAUGGCAACAUCAUGGACGUCUCACAAAGCAGCAUCAUACAGAUCAUACGGCUUCACCUGAGGACACGAUCAUCCGUGAUGGCGUAUGCUUCAAGAAAGCACCUCUACACAACUGUAGGAGUUCCGUGGGUUCUCUUUCAAUAAUUCCUGAGCUUGCUACCCGGCUCCACGUCAAUGAGACAUAUGUGGGCAUGCAAACGUGA